UGCACUUCAACACUCCCACAUCGAGGCGCGGCUCCCGCCCCGGAAUCGCGAACCCGAGCCCGCGAACCUCCCCCAAACCCGAAGCCGGCGUCCCCGUCUGGCAAGGAAGGCUCCGGGCCCACGCGUUCGCUCGAAGACCAGUCCGUCCGCUGGUCUGGUUUGACGCCGGCUGCCCCUAACUCCCCCUUAAUCCGUCGACAAUGAACCAACAACCCGAUCUAUACUUCUCCUCGUACGCGAUGAGCACCGCCAACCGGUCGCCCCGCUCUUCGAGACCGGGCUACAACACCACCACCGGUCAUCCUGGCCUCAACCAUCUGGAUCAGCGACAGAUGGAGCCGGUCAGCCAGGCCCCUCCCGCUCUCUUUGCGACCGACGAUCGCUUCGGCUCGUACGAUAGCAGCUCCUUCCGCCAUAACAGGAUGCAGCCCGCGCCGGGUUUUGCUGCAGACAGCUUUGUCGGGAACUCGCAGGCCUGGGCCUACAAUUCUGGUGCCAGCACCGUGACCGGAGCGCUGGGCGAGGGCCGGCUGCGCCCAGGGGCUCGUAGAGCGAUCCCGCCAGAGUGGACCAUGCCUGAACAGCCGGGCCUAGGAAACCAGCCCAUGCCCGUGGCCUCGACCCAAUAUCCCGGCGUCGCAAACUUCAACCCGCCCAUGAACCUCAUGAAUGGCGAGGUUGCCUUUCCGAGCGGCGAACGCCAUGGCUACCCGCCCACCAUGUACGAUCCGCGGCAUGAGGCCAAGCCUCUGGGCAACGACCUGAUCCCCACGGCGAUCGUCAUCAAGAACAUCCCGUUCAAUGUGAGGAAGGAGAUGCUGACCUCCAUCAUGUCCGAACUGGGCUUGCCGCAACCCUAUGCCUUCAACUACCAUUUCGACAACGGCAUCUUCCGUGGCCUCGCCUUCGCCAAUUUCCAGAGUCCCAUCGAUACGCAGACCGUUAUCGAGCAGCUCAACGGUUACGAGGUGCAAGGGAGGAAACUGAGGGUCGAGUACAAGAAGAUGCUGCCCGAGCAUGAAAGAGAGCGGAUCGAGCGGGAGAAGCGGGAGAAGCGCGGCCAGCUGGAAGAGCAGCAUCAACCCAUGACUCUGCAUUCGCAGUCCUCAAUGCAUUCGCUGAACACCGCUGCGCACACUUCGAGGUCCCGGAACUCGCCGUUACGGGACGUGGAUCUCAAUGACCCAGACACGCUCAGCUUCUACACCGAGUUGAUGCUGUUCAAGAACGAUCCAAGCCGCGAGAUCAUCGUGUUCCCCAGCACCAUCACACCGCAACAGCGGCGUACGGUGCACAUACUAGCCCACAACAUGGGCCUUGAACACCGGUCCGUGGGCGAGGGACAGCACAGGCAGAUUCACGUCAUCAAGGAUACUGGAGCCGCGCCAGCGAUCCACAUGCCGCCGGGUGUCUCAGCCGAUGCCCACCGCCGAGGCCUGAGUCGCGCCGCCACGAUUGACUUCGCCGAGACGCGGGGCAGCGCCCCCGGCCAGUUCAGCACUCUCGGCAGGCAAGGCCGGCAUGGACCGACGUUGGAGCUUCCGGACAGCCCAGACGGGGGUUUGAAUGCCUUGCGCGGCGUCAAAUCAUUUGCCGAUCUGCGCUCGUACACUCCGAGCCCAUCGCUCUCCGCCUCGGGAUACCCGCAAGGCAGCGCCGUCCACGCCCCGAACGUGGCCCAGUACGGCGAAUACAGCGCCAAUCUUGGCCAGCCUAGCGCCCUGACAACCCCGACCACGCCGGGCACCACUUCGAAUAGCGACCCGUCUCUGUUGAUCAGCGAUCUCGGGGCGAUGACUCUGGGCGAGCCUUUCAAUGGCAGCCGCCUUCGCCCUCGGGAAACUCCCGGAGCCAUCGGCAGCCAGCGGCCUGGCUUGAACGGAUCCAGUACGCGCAGUGUGCCCGAGCGUCAGCCUCACGGGCCGAGCGGCGACUGGGGCGAGAACAUGGGCUUCGGCGCACGCAGCCGGGCCAAUGGCCACAUCCAGCGCAGCAGUGACUCGUCCGACAGUGGGGUACGCACGACGUCUGCCACGACGUCGAGAUUCCAGUAAGGCCGACCCUUACCGCUGCCUGCGCUUGAGGCAACCGGCAGAGGCGAAAGCAGCCGGUGGUGGUGCCCCGAGCUGAGGCCGCUUGAUCCUCUCUCUCGCGCUCCUCCUUGCCGGUGUCCGCGCUUUCCCGACGCCUCCCGCUUGGGACUCCUAGACAGUCCUUAGAGUCGUGACGCCCGCCGUUGCGUAACCCUUUGGGGUGGCCAAGCCAAGCUCAGUUUCCUCUUCGAACAUGCUCCGCCAUCUAC